CAGAAUAUAUGUUUACAUACAUUCUUCACCAUAAAAUACAUUCAAAAUAUAAUAAUAAUAUUCAAAAUCAUAUUGGGAUGACAUCAAAGGAACAGUACAGAAACAGUCUACCCGCCGACGCAUUUGAAAAACUUUUUACGAAUGAUACAGCCGAUGUCCACUUUGUUUUUGAACAGGAUGGUGUCGUUCAACAGAUUCCGGCACACAAAUCUCUUUUGUCAGCUUUGAGUUCUGUAUUUGAUACCAUGUUUAAUGGUAAUUGGGAAGACAGCAACGAAAUUGUUAUUACAGACGCCGGUGCAGCCGCAUUCCAGGAAUUUCUUCAGUUUUUCUAUAAAGGUACAGUAGAAUUGACGGAGGACAACGCUCAUGAAGUCUUGUAUCUUGCCAACAAAUAUGAUGUCCAUCAAGCUAUGUCUACGUGCGCGAGGUUUUUAAUCGAUCGCCUAUCGUUGAAGAACGUUCUACGUACGCUCGAAAUGGCUGAUUUGUGCGAUUUCGAUGAACUGCAAGAAAAGUGCGAAGUAUUCAUUGGUCGGAAUAUCGAAAAAAUUUCCAAAUCCAAAGAGUUUCUUCAAUGUAACGUUACUAUGCUGGCAAACAUCAUGGUUAUUGAUUCACUUGAAUGUGAUGGAGAAAAUAUUUUCGAUGCGUGCAUCGCAUGGGCGACGAAUGCUUGUGAAGCGAAAAACAUCGAUCCGACGGAUGUUAAAAAUUUGCGAACAGAAUUAGGGGAUUGUUUCAAUUUGAUUGGUUUCAUUGGUAUGGGAAAGAAGGAAUUCGCAGCACGAUAUCGCAUUUAUAAAGACAUGUUCACACGGAACGAAGUUGAUAAUAUUUUCCUGGAAUUUUUGGACAAUUAUUGACAAAUUAAUAAAAAUUCAAAUCU